CAGACAUCCCGGCAUGCUCGUGGAGUCAGCGCUACGUCAGCAGUGAUACCGAAACAUGGCGGUGUCCACAGCGCAGCGUCGGGCUGCCGCGGCUCGUGCGCUGCUUUUAACUUUUCUCACAGCGCUAACGUUUCACGGCGGCGCGGCCGACGUCGCCGCGGGAGCCUCGACGACACAGGCGCUUCCCCACCGCCGGUUCGAGUACAAGUACAGCUUCAAAGGACCGCACCUGGCUCAGUCCGAUGGCAGUAUCCCCUUCUGGGUCCACAGCGGCAAUGCUAUUCCCAGCGCAGACCAGAUACGCAUCACGCCCUCCCUCAGGAGCCAGAGAGGCUCCGCGUGGACGAAAAAUAAAGUCCGCUUUGAGCACUGGGAGGCGGAGGUGACCUUCAGAGUGUCUGGGAGAGGCAGGAUGGGAGCUGAUGGUCUGGCCGUGUGGUUCACAUCUGCACAAGGCCUGGACGGCCCCGUGUACGGAGCGGCCGACCAGUGGAACGGAAUUGGAAUCUUCUUUGACUCUUUUGACAAUGACGGAAAGAAAAAUAACCCAGCUAUAAUUGUUGUGGGAAACAAUGGCAAACUUGUUUAUGACCAUCAAAACGACGGCAGCACACAAGCCCUCGGCACGUGUUUACGAGACUUUCGCAACAAACCCUAUCCCGUCCGAGCCAAAAUAACCUACUACAAGAAGACGUUAACGGUCUUGAUUAACAACGGUUUCACUCCAGACAAAGAGGACUAUGAGUUCUGCACAAAGGUCGACAAUAUGAUCAUUCCCAGUGAGGGCUUCUUUGGAGUUUCAGCUGCCACUGGUGGUUUAGCAGAUGACCAUGAUGUUUUGUCCUUCUUGUUAUUCAGACUCACAGAACCAGGCCAGCAACCGCCCCCACCUGAAUCUGAGAUUCCUAAGGAAGAGAAGGACAAGUACCAGGAGGAAUUUCAGAACUUCCAGCAAGAGCUUGACAAAAAGAAAGAGGAGUUUCAGAAAGAGCACCCAGACGUCCAAGCAGAGCCAAUUGAAGACUUUUACGAGAGCGUGAACGAAAGGGAGAUCCGUCAGGUGUUCGAAGGCCAGAACAGGAUCCAUAUGGAGAUCAAACAGCUCCACCGGCAGCUCGCCAUGAUCCUGGAUGAGCAACGCCGAUAUGUGUCUGUUAUUACCGAUGAGAUUGCCAAGAAAGGGACGGUUGCUGAGUCAGGACAGUUGGAUUCUGCCGGGCAUCAGAUUGGCUCUGUCAUAGCCACCCAGCAAGAAGUCCUAAGGAACCUGAAUGAGCUGAGAAAUUCCUUUUUCGAGUCACUGAAACAGAUUGGUUCGGUCCAGCACCAGGGAAAUCCAGGAGGUAUGGGGACAUAUGAGACCAUUCAGCAUUUCAAUGACAUCAAGGAGCAUCUGCACACAGUCAGAAGAGACGUGGAGCACCUGGUGCAGCGAAAUGUUCAGAAUCCUGGUGAGAAGGCUGUGAAGUGCCCCGAGGUGCCUCCUAUGCCUUCAUGCUUAUCCACUGUUCACUUUGCAGUCUUCAUUGUCAUACAGUCAGUUCUGUUUCUCUGCUACGUCAUGUACAAAAGUCAACAGGAAGCAGCUGCAAAGAAAUUCUUUUGAUGGUUCUUUUGAGUAAAUGUUCCUUUCGGCAACUUUUUAUUUGAUUAUGAUCAGAUUGUAAGUUAUUGUACUUGAAAAAUUUGGUUUUGUUGAAAAGGUUUGUUUUAAUUAAUUGCAGAUUUUUAUUAAUUUGAUUGGUAAGUUGGUAUGUAUGAAUGAUGUAUUAAAUAGUAUUGCUCUGGAUCUGAUGAUGUAUCAUGAUCUUUACAGUAUUUUUGUUUGGUCAGAUCCUCAGAUUUUGUUUUCAAAAGCUACAAUCUGCCACAUGAAACUGAACUGAAAACAAAACAAACCUGUGUUUUGAACUGUGCAAUUUUGUAUAAAAUAAUGCUGAUAAUUAAAAAUCUCAAGAAGAAAAA